AUUUUGAAUAAUAAUUUAGCGCUGAACUCGUGCUGCCACCUAGUGUUAACAUUUGCGUAGUUCGACGCUUGUCCUCGGUCACAUGACUAAACCCGGAAAUGUUUUUGUUGUUUAACGGUGUUGUGAUCGGGCAGCCUUCAUGUAAUACAUUUUUCCACAAUAAGACGUGAUUUUCUGACACUUGCAAAAGUGUACUGUAAUAGAAUUUAGGAAAAGUUUUUUAAAGAAGUCAUGGUGGUCUGCUUUCUUAUUCACACCGUGUGCCCGGUGAGCGCGCUCUCUGCCGGUGAGAGCCGGAUCCUGUACUCUCGCUUGUUCGGACCGGAGGAACCGACACUGCUCCACCGAAACGCCGAGCAGCAGCGACUGGCCCAAAAGGAGACUCUCGGUCUCGUAGCCAGGCAGGUGCGCAGUGCUGUGUCUGCAAGCAGGGAGGCGUCAGGCAGAGUGUUUGUAGAGGCCGGGCUCGGUGAAGAAGCCAUGGCUUUGAGUGAGGCUGAAUAUGGCGUGUUGUCUUUGGCUCACAGGGAGCCAUUUGCAGGGCGCUGUGCUGCUCUGUGGCUUGGGGUUCAGGCUCUAGCCUUCACUCUGGUGUGUCAGCCACAUGAGAACCUGCUGCUUGCUGAGGCAACUCUGCGGAACCUGACACGCCACUGCCUGGAGGAACUGCGUCUGCUUGGACCUGGAAGUGAGGUGCUGUUAAAAAGUGAUCGGGUGGAUGUAAUGCUUCAGCGGCUUCUUCCCCAUGGACAGCUCCUCUUCCUUAACCAUCGCUUUGCACUUACCAUGGACAAAGAGAUAUCCAGCUACAUGGGCAAAUAAAACAUCUGGAUAUGUGCUGCAAGUAUUAAGGGAAGAUCUUUAGCUCAGUUUAAAGACCGAAAGAACCUGAAAAGAAACCACACAUGCCUAACUGGUUGCAUCCAUGAAUGAUUACUGUCCGUACUGUUAUUUAUGUGUAAGGUUGUAUACGUUUAAGACAAAAAUAACAGCGAUAUCAUGGAGAGAGUGAUAAUGAGUGUGGCAAAUUCAUAUCUGAGCCACCUGGAAAGAAUGCAGUGGGAAGUGGGAAAUUAUUUCUACUAUUUUCACAGUUACAUGCUGGUACUGUUAUGAUUUUUGAUAUUCCCUUAAAGUACACCUGCGAGGUAACACUUCUAUCAAAUAAUGAGGACAUGUUUGUUCAAAAUAUAAUAAAUGUGAUAAUGAACAAUG